ACGAGGGUAUGGCACGGGGGUCUGAAAGAGGUGACGACUGACGACUGACGAGGAUGGAGAAUGGGCGAUGGAUCCCGGUAGCGCAUCGAAACUGCCCCACGUGCGGGGGGUUUAUUACCUGUACACAUAUUGGCGCCGCGACCGUCCUCGUCGCCUAGGUCUGCAAGUACAAUCUACAGUCAGUCGCUACACGUGUACGUAGGCAAUGUGCUCUGCACACAUACAUACACACACACACAGCGUCUCUCUCCCUCUCCCUCUCUUUCUCCUUCUCUCUAUGUAUGUGUAACUGUAAAGCCUGGAAGAAGAGUGUCGACAGGCUAUCGGACGGAUGUGAGGUAAGCCGCAUGAUGCACACCCUAAUUAUCAGCACAGGUAGAAUCGGUAGUCCCCUAUCGUACCUGAGUUGAGCAUGAGAUGGCCCAUGGCCCCUUUCUCGCCUACCUCAAAAGCACGGGCAAGGGUUGACAUAAUAUCGAUCCCAGGGUUCUUUUGAGCAUAUCCGCCCGUGCGACCACCUCGUUAUUAACCGCCAAGAGUAUGCCGUUGUCUUACACCACCAUCCGAUUUAGCUGCUUGCACUUCAUAUAACAAGCCGUCCUCCUCCCCCCACCCGAGAGAGAGGAGAAGAGGGUCAAAAUCCAACGCUCAGAUCUCUGCUGCGGCGACACUGCCUAGCCUAUGUAUGUCAUAUACCCCCCCUCGUGGUGGUGGUAUCGCCACGAGGCCGUGGGAUACGGGAGGGCCAUGCGAGGCCCGGUUAGGUUGAUGGAUUAGACCUAACCAAUGCAGAUCAUGGUCCAACCGACCAACCGAUGCGCCGAGAAGCCACGAACCCGGUCAUUUUGACCGGCGAAGAAGAACGGCUGUGAGGUUUGUGUUAUAAAACGGAUAGUAGGCAGCCCUGGAACCCGAAGCCGUCUCGUCUCGCCCGGCCGGGAUGUACAUCAUCAUCCGUCCAUCUAGUAAGCCGCCGAGAAACAUCAUCGUAGUCCAGCAGCCGAUCCCCCGACUGCCCUCCCAAUAGGCAAGUAGGCAAGCAAGCAAGCACUGCUUCGGCCUUACUUCUUCUUUGAGUCGGGUCUGCGUCUUGAUAUAUUCUGAAAGCUCCACGCCCAUCGCAUCGGCCUGCCACUCCGCCCCUUCUCCCAAUUCCUGUGCCCUCCGUUACGAACGGAACCGCGCCCAAGGGCCCAAGGGUCCAGCUCCGAGAUUUCAUGCAACACACAACGCCACGCACUGUUGCAGCAACUGCUGCAGGCCUCUGCCCUGCUGACUGGUUGCUUGUCGGUGCCGAGUCCAUGGUCAACUAACCAGGCUUAGGACCCUCCCUUCCCCCUCCCCUAGGUACGGAGACAGCGUGCCAUCGGAAGUGGUGGCUGUAGAGACAAGGCUUCUCUUUGAACAAAAGUCAGUGCCUCUUUCUCUUCAGUGUUGGAGCCGGCAUCCCUGAAGGAUCCGAUCCGCACGCAACCUGCUUAUCCGGUCGGUAUGUGCUGUCCUUCUCUUUAUUUAUCUUUUUUUGACCGUGUAAGUAAGUUAUGUACAUGGUACUUUUUUGGCCUGCCCCCCCUCCCCGUAAUAUUGCACCAGGUUCACCUCCUCACCAUAGCACCUAUCCCCGAUCCCGGGCUGUGCCUAUCGACUACAAACUCCUACGGCCACGAGCUCUGUAUGAGGAAAGUCGAGCGUAAA